AUGGCUGCUUCAACAAUUCUUCAAGUUUUAGUAUCACCACUUCUUGGAACUGUUUUUGACAGCCUAAGAUCCCUUGUGGAAACCGAAUUUAGCUUAAUUUCAGGAGCCAACGAUGAGUUCAAGAGUCUCUUGGGAAUACUAUCAACAAUUCAAGAUGUCAUCGAGGAUGCAGAAAUGAAGCAACUGACGGACAAACCAAUACGUAAUUGGUUAAAGAAGCUCAAAGAUGUUACUUGUGAUGUUGAAGACUCCUUGGACGAGUGCAAGACCGACGCUGCUUUAAGAAACUCGUCAGAAAUACUAAAACCAAGUAGCGGAUACACCAACAUUAAGGAAUUCAUGACUGGUUCAGUUCCUUAUUUUUUCUGUUGCCAAACAAGCUCAUCAUCUCGCCGUACAAUUGCGGAAAGAGUUGAGAGUUUUAUACACCAAUUCGACGAAAUUUCUGAGCAGAGAAGCAAGUUUCAUUUGAAUCCCUACAUGACUGCUGUAGAUGUUCAAUUGGGAAAAAGACGACAGAGAGAAACUACCUCUUACACAGAUGAACCAACAGUUUACGGUAGAGAGAAUGACAUAGCAUAUAUAGUCAAUCUAUUGCAAAAUGAUGAAGGUGGAAGUGGACAUGACCGUCAACGAAGAGAUGUUUCUAUAUGUGCUAUUGUAGGGAUGGGUGGACUUGGGAAAACUACAGUUUCCCAAAAGAUUUACCAUGAUAAAAGGAUCACAGAUCAUUUCGCAGUCAGAUGUUGGAUCUAUGUGUCCGAAGAUUUCAGCCCAACAAGAUUUGUCAAAACCAUCCUAAAAUCCUUAGGUCAGGAGCUUGCACAUGAUCAACAAACCUUGGACUAUCUACAGUCUCUCCUACAAGAAAAGCUCGGUGGUAAGAGGUUCCUAGUUGUGUUAGAUUAUGUAUGGAAUGAGGAUCAUGGCAAGUGGGACACUUUAAAGACUUCAUUAAGUUGCGGAGGCAAAGGUAGCUUUAUUGCUGUAACAACUCGUCUUAAAACAGCACCGUCAAUAAUGGCUACUAUUAGGAAAUAA